UUACAGUGGACAUUGAAUGGUUAUGGUUAUUGCGCGUUUCAUUUAUAGUCAAGCAAAAUGGUUCUUAAGAUUUUUAUAAUAUUCAGUUUGUUGGUCUCGUCUGUUAUCAGUGAUUCCUGUGUCACGUUCGAUUUCGAAGACGGUUUCAAUGACUUGUUUGGUCACUACCGCGGCUCAUGCACCCCUUUUCGAUUGUGGCAUGUCAGUGAUUACCACAGUUUGGGUUUGGCCAGUCCAGAUAAGCGCAGUACUAAAUUCAUAACACCCGAAACCAGUUCGAUGAGUUGUGCUUCCUCAUUCAAUUUCACAAUGAAUGCGGGUGGAACCAUUGAAUUUAACAUUUAUAUGGAACAAACAGAUAGUUUAGAUCAGGUGCAUCUUAUGGCUUAUCAUAUAGGCCCCGAUGGUUUCGAUUUUGUGAUAGGAAUGGAAGUUGUAAGACAUCAGACUGGAUGGGACACUGUGAAGGUGCCUUUAGGUGGACCAAGGACAUUUACUGGUUACGUUUCCUUAUACGGCUAUUCGGCUCGUAGCUCUAAAGUACUGAUUGACUCAUUCCGCUAUAUACCACCUGGAGUGGAUGCGAGUUCGUGCCAGAUAUACGGAUCAAGCAAAAUGGUUCUCAAGACUUUUAUAGUAGUCAGUCUGUUUGUCUCGUCUGUAAUCAGUGAUUCCUGUGUCACGUUCGAUUUCGAAGACGGAUUCAAUGAUUUGUUUGGCUACUACGGGUCUUGUAACUCUUUUCCUUUGUGGCAUGUCAGUGAUUACUACAGUUUGGGUUUGGCCAGUCCAGAUAAGCGCAGCACUAGAUUCAUAACACCCGAAACCAGUUGGAUAAGUUGUGCAUCCUCCUUCAAAUUUACAAUGAAUGCGGGGGGAACCAUUGAAUUUAACAUAUACAUGGAACAAACAGACAGCUUAGAUCAGGUGUAUCUUAUGGCUUAUCAUAUCGGACCCGAUGGCAUCGAUUUUGUAAUAGGAAUGGAAGUUGUAAGUUAUCAGGAUGGAUGGGAAACGGUGAAGAUGCCUUUAGGCGGCCCGAGGACUUUUACGGGUUACGUCUCCAUAUUCGGCUAUUCGGCUCGUAACUCUACAGUACUGAUUGACUCAUUCCGCUACAUACCACCUGGUGUGGAUGCGAGUUCGUGCCAGAUCUACGGAUAAUCAACUACUACUGCUACUGAGAUAAAGUUAGAUGACCCGAAACUCUUUAGCGGAUCACUGAUGAAGAACUACUUAUAGCCUAAUAAAUACAAUCACAACAUUUUUUUGAUUUUUAUGAACAUUUUGAAAAAAAAAUAUUAAUUUCUACACCACGUGAAAUUAAAGAAAGCGAUGCGUUUCGUCGUGCGUUAAUGUUUUUCUUUUGUGGAGAACAAAGUUUGUGAUAGGACGUAAAGAAGAAAGGAAUGGGAUCAUAUUGUGUUGAUCCCAAGUCACUUGGGGUAAGGUCUAGCAAAAGCAAGAGAUAUUGAAUAGGAAGAGUUUACAAUCGUAGUCAUAAUAUGUUAAUAUUUGCUUAAAGGAAAUGUCAGAGAUUGUAUACCCAUUGUUCAUUAUUUAAAUUAAUAUCACCUAAUCACCGGAUACACGAUAUUAUUAUCCCUACAGAAGAAUGAAUGAGUCAUGUGUAAUUUUUCCGCAACAGAUUUUUAUAUUUGAUAGCCAUAUUGAAUUAUCAUAAGCUACUUAUAACAAAAUGUUGACAAUUUGAGAUAAACUUAUGAUUAAGUGUUUGAGUCUGGUCUUUUUGUUUUGAAUUCAAAUUUUCUAAUUAUAUGUCAUGAUUGCA